AUGCAUAUAAACCAUCAAGGCUGCUUGAUUAAAUCUUCUGUUCUUCCAAGACUUUAUUGUGGGUGUGGAGGAAGAACAGAAAAGAUAAAGAUACAGAAAGGAUCAAACUUUUUUCUUUCUUUUCUAUGUGCUGUGCCUUGUGGGUUACUCUUCUCAGAAGAUUUCAUUCAUGGUAAAACAAUAGCUGGAUGUUAUCCAACUCGGUGA